GGCCGAUAUACUCGAUUUGCUUGUGGACAAAGACACUUCCAGUUCUCUGUGUCCUCUUGCAUCCAGCAACCACCGAGUCAUCUACGCUGUGAGCUCUCCACCGAAAAUGUCUCCUGGAGGGUCGCCCGAGAGCGACGGACCGUCGCCCGCAAUGGGGCAGUCUCCCGCCGAGUCGACUUGGCCCUUGCCGCGAAACCCGGCACCUCCAGACGCAGCACCGCCGACCGGGAGGAGAGCUCGCAGGCAGAAACCCGAAGCAGCUCGACCAACGGGAGGGGCCGCCCAGCUACCAUCAAUCGACACUCGGAGCGCUGGGCAGGAGAGCACCCGCAUCAGCGUCUCGGGACGUGCGCCGCAGCCAGCAGGGGACGAGAUCCCCAUCCUCGUGCCUGCGGCUCUGAACCCCCAAUCGACCAAGACAGGCGAAAGAGUGCCGCCACCGAUCGUCACCAGAUCUCAGCCAGAACAAGCUGUUCCUAGCUUCUCUUUCCCAAGGGCGCCUCCGGUUCGUAAGAACGGCAAAGAUGCGCCCGGCCCUACAGAGUACCCUCUUCCAGGGCCGCCGCGCACCGGAGCAGCGGGACCCAUCCCCAAGCCGCCAAUGCCCGAACCGCCCCGCGCAGGCCCGCCCAGCUCUGUCCCAGCUGUGUCGGGAGUGUCACCUCCCUCCGGUCUAGCACUUCUUCCUCAGUCACGCAUGGGGCAGCCCAUCCACGAUGCUUCACGCCAGGGGAUGGCUCUCCCGGCGGAGGAGGGCCCGCUCCCAGAGCAGCCGGGCCCAGCCCCGUCCUUCCCUACGCCCACUCCCUCGAAAUCCCCACCGCGCAAGAACACGCCAGUCAGCAUCUUACCAAGAAAUCAAGAUUUCCCGCCGCCAUUGCGAGUCAGUAACCUGCCUCCUCAGACAGAUCCCAAGGCCGAUACGGCUCGUGGCGUGUCCUCCCAAAAUCCGACGCAGUCAAAUGCGAAUCAAACGGAGCCUGCCCCCCGCGUCGGUGAGCCUCGGGGCACCACAGAUGCCAACCGGAUUCGCAAUGGUGGGCCGUCUUCGAGCACCCGAUCACAAGCGGACAGGCCUGCUAGGAAGCCUGUGAAUCCCUUGGGAUCAUCGCCUCCGAGAGUGCCCGUGCCAACGGGCGAAACAGGCCUGGCUCCAGGGUUGCUGCCUCCGGGCAUGAACCCGCUGCGGUCAUCACCCCCCAACCCUGCCCCGCAGCAAGUUAACUUUGCGAGCAUUAACCCAUUGCGGUCAUCGCCUCCGAACCCUCCGUUGCAGCCCGAGAAUCAGGCAGGCCUCGAGCCGUCAGUCAACCGGCCCCCAGUGUCGUACUCCCCACCCCGGAGACAAGAUACGGCGAACUUCGCACCCGCUCGGGUCGUCAGCCCUCUCAGACCGAUGCCCCCGCCCGACUGGGCCCGUCCUCAGGUUGUCAGCCCGCCUGAGUUCUCCAGAUCUCGUCCGGGACUCGCUUAUCAAGCACCCAGCCACGGACAUUCCCGCUCGAUGGAUUCCAACGCUUCCAGCGACUCAACGGCAAGUUCGGCCACGGCAUCGAGUACAAAACCGCUGAACCCGGUCCAGCGGCAGAACACCGGAUUCUCCAAGCCAGCACGACAGAACUCGGAUUACUCCGGGGAGAAAGCCGGCGCGGGCGGCCGUGGCUAUUACAGCGGCGAAGCGGGCGCGUCGCAGACGCCGUACAUGAACAUGCUGCUCUCGCUGGACAAGAUCCCGCGCAUGCACAACAUCCUGGUGUCGGUGUUCGUGUGGAUCCUGCUGGUCGGCUUCGUCAUCAUGCCGGGCUCGUUCACCAGCCUCAAGCGCAAGCAGGAUGGGCAGAGCGUGACGUUCCCUGUCGGCGAGGUCAGCGGCGAGAAGCGCGCCAUCACGCCGGGCAACACGGCCGCCAUGGUCGUCGGGUUCGCGUGCAUCGUGGCCGGCCUGUUCGGCUCGUCAUGGCUUGCCCUGCGCUGGCGGCGCAACUACGUGUGGCUGCUCAACAAGCUGUACCUGCCGCUCGUGUUCAACGCGCUCGCCGGCGUGCUGACGACCGUGACCAACGUCUACACCCAGCAGGUGGGCGAGUGGAGCACGCAGGCGAUUAUCGCCAUCGUGAUUGAGGCGUCGGUCCUCGGCACGAGCUUUAUUUUGUUUGUUAUUUACAAUUACUGGUUGCUGCGGCGUGUGCGCAGCGAGUAUGAGGAGCAGUUCAACUAUGGCGAUGAGAAGACGAUGCGGAGGAGGCGGAAGGCGCAGAGGAGGGUCGGGUUGUUCGCACGGUUCAGGAGGGCGCGCAGGCAGCCGCCUAUUGCGGCGGGCAGUGUAGUUUAACGGUGAAGGGGGCGGAGGAGGCUGUUCGAGUUGGUUGAGGGAACACAUAUACCCGUAGAUUCAUUCCCUAUUUUCCGGAGUCAGGUGAAGGAGGACAUCGCAUCAGCAUGUUA